ACUGUGAAAUACGCCUCUACGUUUAUGUUCGCGCACUUCGCGGCAUUUUGGCUGCGCGCGCUGUCAUGACAAUUGGGUUUGCUACAUACAGAUCUGCAGGCUAAUAACAGCUGGUAACAAACGAUGACUGCGAGAAACAGAGCGGGCACGUCUGCGCCCCCCAUGCCCUGCUGCCACCCCAGCGGCUUCUCCCGGCAGCCACCCCGCGUGCUGGUUGUGGACACGUCACCGCCCUGGUGGUCGGAGACAAGCUUGGUCUUCUGCGAGGCCCUGGACAACUUCCUGACCCUGGCCAGCAGUCUGGAGGGGCCCGGACGCCUGCCCCUACUGAGCAUCUACGCAGUCAACCUGCAGCAGGAGUGCCUACUGCCCUUCGCGCAGGUGAAGGGCAACCUGGCGCGGCUGCGUCUGUGUGUGGAUGAGCUGCGCUCGCUGCCCGGGGAGGGGUGUGUGCGCUCCCGGGGGACGGUGCUGAGGCGGGCCAUCCUAGACAGCCUGCAGCAGUACAAGCAGUACAGCAGUCACCACACCCACACAGGGGGCGCAGGAGGAGGAGGAGGCAGUGGAGGCAGUAGCAACAUCUCUUUGGAGGUGACGGUGAUGAGCAGCCAGCCGGGUCGUGCACUGGUGCGGGAGCUGGAGGCGGGUCUGCGCGACGCCGACCUGGGCAGCCUGCGGCGCCUCCUAGUGGUGCAGAUGACCACGCAGCAACAGCGGCUGAUGGGCGGCGAGCAGGGAUGGAGCCCCGACACCGACGCACCCUUACCCCACAACCUCGAAGAUGAGGAGGAGAUGAUGCUGGGUACGGAGGUGGAUCUGCAGGUGGUGGAGAGCAGCGUGGUGGCCCUGGAGGGCGUGAUGAAGGCCUGGCUCCACGAGCAGGCCGGGGAGAGGGAACACCUGCACCUGCUGCUGCCCCCCGACAGGACGCACGCCAGCCCCAUCUGCCUGAAGUGUGACAUACAGGAGCGUCUCCUGAGUCCGUGUCUGUUGCCUGACUCCGGCUCCCGGGCGGACCUGGGCCACAAGACCGAGAGCCUUCACAACUUCCAGCCCCCGGCCACCGCCAAGGGCCCCCCCAACCACAACGCCCCUCCUCCACAGAGGCUCAGGGUCAUCAAGACGCUGCUGGCGGAUGGUGUGUGUGAGUCUGUGCUGUACGGUCUGCCCCUGGUGAUCAGGCCUACCACCUGCUGGCAGCUGGACUGGGACGACAUGGAGAACAACCAGCAGCUCUUCCAGGCACUGUGUCAAACACUCAGGGUGCGUGAGUGGUCCCUGCUUGUGUGUACUGAGCCUUCCACUGCUCUGGGUCCCCCAUCUGCCUCCCAAGUCUCCCCUGUGGCCUCCCACUACGUGCUGCAGCCGUCGCCCUCUCUCUCCCUCCUGCUCCUCAAGCCCAUGGCCACCCAGGAGCUGCUGCUGCCCUGCACCGUGCCCGACGCAAACCACGAGCCGCCCAUCGAGGCCCUCUUGACCAUGGAGAACUCUUUGCAGCAGCUGGAGGAGGACCCGGUCUUCAACCCGCUCUGCCUGAGCACCACCCUCUACCAGCACCUCCGCAUGCGCGGCCUCUCCUCCCGCCCGGCACACCCUUACCGCCGCCAGAACCAGAACCAGGCCCAAGCUCAGGCCCAGAGCCAGUUCCAGAACCAGGCGUAUGGCGGAGGCUGGGUGAGUCCCGUCACCGCAAGGCAGCAGCAGCAGCAGCAGCGCAGAGAGCCUCAUCGGCCACCAGAGGGCUCUAUGGGCCGACAGCAGCCUCAGGGACGUCAGUCUCAGCAGGGUCGGGCGAGGGCGACCGUUGCUCCCCUCCCGCCCUCCUCCUCCUCUUUGGGUCCCCCACCAGCCAAGAUGUCACGGCCCUCUCUCACCUUCCGCAAGCCCGGUCCCAUGGCCACCAAACCCCCUGCCUCCUCUCUCCUGGCUGAGCUGGAGGACGAUGAUGACGACGACCUGAUUAUGAUGCUCUAGUUGUCUGAUGAUGCUGCUCCGUCCUCCUCUGCAGCUAUCCACUGCUAGAAGGAGAGCGAGCAGCAUGCUGAGCCCAUGAACCCAGAGAGACCAGUCUUCCGGUACAGUACUACUUCUCAUCUGCUCUCCAUCCCUCUCUCGCGCGCACUGUGUAGGAGUUCAUCAGGCCGUCCCAGAGCGCUGUUGUGGUUUCACAGUUAUUGGUCCCACCUCAUGAAGGAAAGUCCACUCACUGGCCUACCCUCCUUGUUCUUAUUGUUAGUGUUCCCAUCCAUUCAGUAUUAUUUAUCUAUCUAUUUAUUAAUGUAUUUAUUGAAAGAGAAUCUUUUUUUAUCAAUUCUCUAUUUAUAAGAGCGAUGUUGUUGCAAGAUGUUUUUUAAUUGACUUAAGGCUGAAUCCAUUUGCUGUUGGAGCCAUUGGAAUAAAAUCCCUAAGCCGC